AUUCUAUAAGAUCAAAGCGAAAAAAUUACGUUCGAUUUGUUCGGUUUGCAAUUCUGUAAGCUUAUUCGGGAAGAAUCGGAGAAGCCAAUCACGAAGCCGAUUACAAAGCUAAAGCGAUACAUUUUGGCUUGCGUUUCGUUUCGCUUUCGAUAGUGAUUGGUCGGCCAUUUUCACGUGGUAUACAAGCGCAAGCGCCAAGCGGGUCUACUUCUUGUUUGUUUUUGUUGUUUACUGUUUGUACGUGGACGGAUAUCCAUUAUUGUUAAUAUUUGUUUCUUAGUAGUUGUUUUAGAAAGUUUAGUGAUUUAAUUUUUUUCGAUAUGGAAAAGAGGCUCAAAACACAUCCAUCUCAAUGGGCGAUAUUUUUGGACUUCGCAGAGAAAAAUCCCCAAAUUCUCACUAAAAAAUUUGAUGGGGUAAAUGGGAGAAAAAAAUACCUAGAAUUAUGGGAGGAAAUCACUGAGGUACUCAACAGUAUGGGGUACCUAAACAAGUCAGUGGAUAAAUGGCAAAAGGCAAUGGCAGAUUGGAAAUCCAAGGUGAAGGCAAAGGCGGCAGACCUUAAUAGAGGAGUCAGACAAACAGGGGGUGGAGGACCACUACCUCAACUAAAUGAGAAUGAGAUGCGCCUCAUCAACAUUUUAGGGCGAUCAUUUAUUACUGGGGUGCAAACCAAUAAAGAACUUGGCUUGGACCAAGAAAUGAACAUACCUCAAGUGACUCCUGCCUUAGUUGAAUGUAGAAUCUCUCCACCCCCUCUUUUAUAUAACAUUGACCGAAAUUCUACUCCAGAAAGCAUAAUCGAAAGAGCCAUCUCAAAGCAAGAGAAGGAAUCUACUCCUAAAAAAAGGCCAUGGGGAUGCAGCAGUACCUUAGAGCAGAGCAGAGCUUCCACUUCAAAGGAAAACAACAAAGAAGCGUUCACUCCGGAGAGAGUAGAUAAUCAAGAAUCUACUCCCAAAAAAGGGAAAUGGGGGUGCACCAGUGCCACCAAAACACAGAAGAUACCUUCAACAAAUUUGGCAGAUAUGCACAAGGAAACACUUCUUGUGUUAAAUCAAAUAAACUCUAGUAUUGAGAAAAUGGCCAAUUCACAAGAGAGAAUAGCCAAUUCACAGGAAAGAAUAGCCAAUGCUCUUGAAUUGUUAGUAAAUAGGAAUAUUUAAGUUAUAGUUAUAGUAUAUUUAUGUUAUUUAGCAA